UUGUCCUUUCCAGCAAAUACAGUGUGCUAAUGUGAACUGCAACACCAACAUGCAGAGAAGAGAGCUGGAGGAUCAUGAUAAGAUAUGCGACCAUAAAUUGGUAGAGUGUGAUGAGCAUUGUGGYGUGACUCUGAUCAGACGUGACCUGCCGAAUCACAAGAGAAAUGAAUGUCCUGAAGUAAGACUGACAUGUCCUAACGGCUGUAUUGAGAAAAGACUGUUAGGACCCGAUGUUACAUCAAGGAUUAAAAGGAAAGAUUUGCAUAAUCACGUAACCAACACCUGUAAAAUGAGAGUAGUCGGUUGUCCUUUUAAAGAUCAGGGAUGUUCAUUGCAAUUUGCCUUUCAAGACCUCGAAAACCACUUACAACACAACAUGUCUUCACACAUUUUGAUUCUGUUAGCACAAAACACUCAGAUUCAAAAGAAGAAUGUGACGUUGUCAGAAAAAGUUGAGUCUCUCAACUCGUCACUAGAAGCGAAGACCGUGUUACUUGAUGAAAGACGUGCUCACUUCCAAGUAAAACAAGAAGAAGUCUUAAUGCUUAAAAGACAACUUGAUGAACUUUCCGAAAAGUGCUCUUCACUUGAGAGACAAUGUUCAUUUCUCACAUUGAAAAACACAGAACUGGAGGAAGAAUUAAGCAAAGCUAAGGAAGUUUUGAGUACCUACACAUGGGUGAUACACGAGUAUCACAUCUUAACACGGAAGCACCCAACAGGUUCUUGCUUCAAGAGUCCUUCCUUCAGGUUGUGUGGCUACAAAUGGUAUCUGAUAUUGUAUCCUAAUGGAGAUGAUAAAAAACAUGAAGAAUUCCUCUCUUUGCACCUUUGCAUAGCUGAUUCUAAUCUACCAGAGGUUUUACGUUCAGGCCGCGUGCCUACUGGGGAGGUGCCUGUGAAGUACGGAUUAAGAAUAAUGAGCCGACUACCCGGUAAUGAUGUAUCCUACAAAGUUACAAUGGUGUUUGAGAAGUCAGCGACCGUGUCAAAACAUCACGAAUUCAUGAAAACACGUGAAACUCUUUCCGAAAAUUAUUGUGACUAUUUAAACAAUAAUCGGUUGGUCGUAAAAUGUACAAUACAUCCAGCAAUGUGAACAUUAUGAAUACCAACAACAGAGAAAACGUUUGCACGUGCGUGCCUUUCAGCACGUUUCCUAAAAAUUUAGAAGAGUUUGAGGCAGUCUCGUAACCAGAUCUCCUCUGUCUCGCCAUCUCGAAGAAUUUGGUUGUUGCUAAAUUGCGAGCCUGCGAGCCCGAGUCUCUCAUAUGCGUGCCGCGAGCCGUUUUUUUUUUAGAAGGGAAAGGUUAUGAAACCUAUUGUGAU